AUGACAAAAAUAUAUUGGAACAUCAAUUUGGAAGAGAUGAUGGAGGCCGGAGUUCAUUUUGGUCAUGGUACUCGGAAAUGGAAUCCUAAAAUGGCCCCUUAUAUCUCGGCAAAGCGUAAAGGUAUUCAUAUUACAAAUCUUACUGGAACUGCUCGUUUUUUAUCAGAAGCUUGUGAUUUGGUUUUUGAUGCAGCAAAUAUCAUUUUUGAACUUCUCACAUUCAAAUCUCUUGGUCACAUUUCCAGCCAUGUAGUGUCCAAAGGCAUCUUUAAUGUUGAUGCCCGGAAGAACUCCGGCUUCCCACCAAAUUAUGCAUUCUUCAAAACUUCUUUGGAGUCCCAAAUUUUCACCAUUAUUGUUGGUGUGAUCUCUAAGCUCAUAUCCAUUGAGCUUGACCAGCUUUGGGCCAUCUUUUCACCAUACUCGGCACAUUCUCGGAUGUCUAGAUUUUCUGCGGUGUUACGGUUUCGUUUGAGCAUUCGAACUAGCCUCGAGUUUCAGCAACUUUCGAUGAGCUUGAUCCAAGACUCGAAUUUGCAAACUGAGCGAAACCAACUUGGGAUUAUUGACCACGUCCUCGGCCUCGGCCUUUUGUUUGUGCGGCGGUCAAAACUGGCUGUUGUGAUUGACUUCCAAGGAUGA